GCCGCUGGGGGCUCCGUGCGGCGCGGCGGUGCCGCCAUUGUGGGGCAUGGAGGGCGAGAGCACCUCGGCCCUGCUCUCGGGCUUCGUCUUCGGCGCGCUGGCCUUCCAGCACCUCAGCACCGCCUCGGACACGGAAGGAUUUCUCCUGGGAGAUGUGAAAGGCGAGGCCAAGAACAGCAUCACGGACUCGCAGAUGGACGAUGUGGAAGUGGUUUAUACCAUCGAUAUACAGAAGCAUAUACCAUGCUACCAGUUGUUCAGCUUUUAUAAUUCUGCAGGAGAACUGAACAAACCAGCCCUGAAGAAAAUACUAUCUGGCUGUAAGAAGAACGUAAUAGGAUGGUACAAAUUCAGACGCAACACAGACCAGGUGAUGACAUUCCGAGAAAGACUUCUGCAUAAGAACUUACAGUCCCACCUAUCGAACCAGGGCCUUGUGUUCCUUCUGCUAACUUCUAGCGUGAUGACAGAAAGUUGUUCAACGUACAGACUGGAACACGCCUUACACCGGCCACAAGAAGGUCUUUUUCAGAAAGUCCCCUUGGUGGUUACCAACUUGGGCAUGGCAGAGCAGCAAGGUUACAGAACGGUGUCUGGUUCCUGCGUGUCUUCUGGCUUCGUGAGAGCAGUGAGACAACACAGGUCAGACUUCUUUUAUGAAGAUGGAUCCUUACAAGAGGUUCAUAAGAUAAAUGAGAUGUAUGCCACCUUGCAGGAGGAGCUGAAGAAUAUAUGCUCUACAGUAGAAGUCAGCGAACGAUCUGUAGAGAAACUCCUAGCAGAGGUGAGCCAAUUGAAAGAAGAAAUAAAGAAAAAAAAGCAACAGAAAAAUUCAGGGGAGAAAAAAGAUCACCCAGAAGAGCCCAAGGAAAAUGUUUUGCUUUGUCAGGCCCUGCAAACAUAUUUCCCCAAUUCUGGGCUUCAGACAUGUAUUGUUUCCUUCAAAGGAAGGAGGAUAUCCAAGAAUUGCUGUAAGACAGACCAUAAAAUUAAUAUCACGGACAAACUGACUCUCAUGGUGGAGGAAAAGGACUUUCCUGAACAUGAAACACGACAAUUAACCAAGCGCAAAGUCAAAGGGACCACCGCAGGACCAAAGUCUUUUAAGAAAUCCAGAUCACUGCAGCUUCACCAGAAGUUACUUCAAGAUCAAGAGGACAGCGACCAGGAAAAGAAACUUACUCUGAGUAGCACUGAAACAGAUGAGGAGGUGCUGGAGAAACUGAAAGAUACGAACGAAUACCCACACUCUCCCACUUUCUGAUGGCUUAACAGCUUCCCAAACGUAUUUGCACAAAAAGCUACUGCCAGCAUAUUAAAGUAACAUAUCAAUCUACAGCACUGCAGGGAUGGAAAUAGCUUACUGAAUCUUUGUCAAGUACAAAGAUGUAUUUUAAUGCAUUAAUUCUGUUUGGCGUAAGUUGAACGGAGUCCAAAUCACAUUCCCUCGUUUGGCCUUCCAGAGUUCAGCCUGGAUUUUCUCUCUCUCAGGGUUUUAGGACUACACUAGCAGGGCGUGGGCAGCCAAGUCACGUCACGCACUGCCUCAGCGAUACAACCUCAAGGUGCUGCAGAAGAACCAAGGCCACCCCCUCAGUGAGCCUCACCUCAGCAGAAGCCGAUGCCAAGAACAUCAGAUCCAAGGCAACAUCCUUACAAACAGCCGUUUACACAUGUAGCCAAAGUCUUAAUAUCUUCCCCUACCAUUAGCUCUCCAGCAUUCUGUUUUCCCCUUCCUAUUGACGGAAGGAAAAAGGAAAAAGCUUCAGCAAGACUUUUGAUAACUGCAGUGGUCCAUACAGCGGGAUUUGUGCUACCCCUCCGGGCAUUCCUUAUUCCUUUCAACACGUUCAGAGACUUUACACUGCAGCUGACCACCCUCGGUCAGCGAUGCAGCACAGCAACCGGUGACAUUCCCAAUAAAGAAUUACAUAAGCAGUAA